AUGAACUCCUCUCCUCUCUCUAAAAAGAUCCUUUUAGCCGAUUUCAACUCAAUCUACCAAUAUGAAGAUCACGGCAUUAAGGAACUGUUUCUUGCCCUUGAAAGAACCGGGCUAAGAAAAUUCUUGGAGAAUCGCUUCAUCAUCGACUACCAAUCGAUGAAUUCUUUGAAACAGCUAGAGAAGUGCACCGGGACAUCAUCUUGGGGCAAGUCUAUAGUCAAUCCUUUCUAUUCAGCGAGACGGAUUUCGCUGAAUACUGCGGCUUACCAACUGAAGGGGAAGCAGCCGGCCCCCGGUUCCACAGGUGGCCGAAAGAAGGCAACCGGCAAGAAAGCGGCCCCAGCCAAAGAGAAGGCCGAAAGCAAAGGAAAAGAUAAAGUAAUUUUCUCGGAACCGCCGCAGCCAACGGAGGAGGAAGAGUCGGCUUCCCCUUCUGAAAGAACCGAUUCAGAAAAGACCGAUGAUGAAAGAUCGGCCAAUGAAGAAGAGCAUUCGGGCCAGAGCCCCGAUAAUGCCGGUCCUGACGCAAAUCCUGAGACCACCGAAGGCGGUGAAGAAGCUGGUGAAGAAGGCGGUAACGAAAGAGGUAACGAAGAAGAGAAGGAGGACGAAGAAGCACAGGCCGAUAGGGUAGCUCUGAAACUCCUAAAGGGCACUAAAAAGAGAGCCGAGAUGAUUGAGGAGUUAUACCUGGAAAGGGACGAGCACCGGUUCGGCAAACGGUAUAGGCAAAUCCUACCGGGCUACAAAGACGUGGAAUGCCUCCAAAGACUGAAGAGAGUGGAGGACGUGGUCAUGGAUCUCAUAAAAUCCGAUACCAUUGAAGAGGUAUUACACCGAACCUACCUCUUAAAACCACGAGCACAACUACGGAAGCUAACCAUACGCAUCCGGAAGAUUACGGCGAAGUUCGAAGAGGUAGGAUCGGAAUACACCUUAACACCGCUGGUGUUGGAAAGGCUUGAAAAAGCCAAAGGAGACCUUAUUCAAGAAAUUGACCGGCUGGAGGCAAUGUACAGUCAAAGGGAAAUACCGGUCUAUACAGCUCCCCGGAUUGAUACAAGUCCAGAUCACUGUCCAACACCUCCAAGGGCGAAUUCGGCAAUAGAGGAAUCCGAUGAAAGGGCGGAUCCUCCUCUCACCGGGCAAUCUCCACUUACACAACCGGAAGUCUCCGAAUCAGACUUCACAAAAGAAUGGGUUGAGAGCCGCUUUCAAGAGUUUGAAAACUCCGAGGUUUUCCCUUUGAAGGAGAAAUUCCAAAGAACCGUUUGCUCGGCACUCAAGUUCGCCAAAACCACAAGGCACCUUUUGGAGAGAAUAGAAGACCGGUUCUCAGAAAUUGAUGAAGAUCAACGGGAAGAAGCGGUUCUGCGCAGCAAACAUCUUAAGCGAACCGUAAUUUUGGAGGAUACGACCUCCGAGAUAAAAGAGAACUUUGCCCGGCUUGAAAGAGAGACCGAUCAACGAUUAACGGAGGUUGCUGGGGACCUGAUGAAUGCGGACGCCGUGGCCGUAGAGGCUGAUGCCCAAGCGGCUAAGAAGGUCCAGGAUGAGCUGGCCGCCGAAGCAAGAAAAGAGAAGGAGAAGGCAGCCGCUCAAGCUGCGAAGGAUGCUGCGCGGUUAGAAAGGGAAAGACGGAGGCUGGAAGGCUUCGCAGACGACAACAAAAAGAAAAAGGCGGCCUCUUCCGUUUCAGUUCCGACAAAGCGAAAGAGGGAACCUUCAAAGAAAGUUCAAAUAGCCGACCUGCUCAAUGAGGUCACUGAAACGGUCAUUGAGAGUAUACCGCAGCAGGCUACUCAAGUCGAAGAGGAGGAUGAAGAACACCUGCAGCCCCGGUCUACAAGACAACGAGUCUCCGAACCGGCCAGUCGACCGCAACCAGCGAAGAAAAAGUGGAACAUAUAUGACUUCUCGGACUCGGAAGAGGGGCUCUCUUUCCUUUACCUAUACUUGUCUUAG